AUACAUAAGCGGCAACAUAAACACAAUUACACACUAAUCGAUCCAGCGCAACUGCGCAAGUGUAAAAUUGGAAGCAACCAACCAUGCACCAAUCUCAAUAUAUACACAAGAAAUCACCAACUAUGCAGGUACAAUAAUCCCCACGAUGGCAUCUGGCAAGGCGACAAACCACGGCAUGGAGGACGACAACGACAUGGAGUACUCGUCUGCGGAAUCGGGGGCCGAGGAUGCGGCGGAGUCGUCGUCGUCGCCGGUGUUGGCGCCGCCCCGGGCGGCUCCAUCGUCGCGGUUCAAGGGCGUCGUGCCGCAGCCCAACGGGCGGUGGGGCGCGCAGAUCUACGAGAAGCACUCGCGGGUGUGGCUCGGCACGUUCCCCGACGAGGACGCCGCCGCGCGCGCCUACGACGUGGCCGCGCUGCGCUUCCGUGGCCCGGACGCCGUCAUCAACUUCCAGCGCCCGCCGGCGGCGGCGGAGGCCGGCUCUUCGUCGUCCAGAAGCGAGCUCGAUCCCGAGCUCGGUUUCCUCGCCGACCACUCCAAGGCCGAGAUCGUGGACAUGCUCCGGAAGCACACCUACGACGACGAGCUUCGGCAGGGCCUGCGCCGCGGCCGCGGGCGCGCGCAGCCGACGCCGGCGUGGGCGCGAGAGCUCCUCUUCGAGAAGGCCGUGACCCCGAGCGACGUCGGCAAGCUCAACCGCCUGGUGGUGCCGAAGCAGCACGCCGAGAAGCACUUCCCUCCGACCACUGCGGCGGCCACCGGCAGCAACGGCAAGGGCGUGCUGCUCAAUUUCGAGGACGGCGACGGGAAGGUGUGGCGCUUCCGCUACUCGUACUGGAACAGCAGCCAGAGCUACGUGCUCACCAAGGGCUGGAGCCGCUUCGUCAAGGAGACGGGCCUCCGCGCCGGCGACACCGUGGCGUUCUACCGGUCGGCGUACGGGAAUGACACGGAGGACCAGCUCUUCAUCGACUACAAGAAGAUGAACAAGAAUGACGAUGCUGCCGACGCGGCGAUUUCCAAUGAGAAUGAGACAGGCCAUGUCGCCGUCAAGCUCUUCGGCGUUGACAUUGCCGGUGGAGGGAUGGCGGGAUCAUCAGGUGGCUGAAGGGCACGGCCGAAGAAGAUAUCAAUGCAGACAGAUCGGAGCAAGAGGACACCAUAUGGGAGAGUACAAUACCUUGCACAUUUUGUAUGCCUAUGGUCGAUCUUAUUGAAUAGAUUCCACUAUUCCAGAGGGUUAUUAGAAGGCGACAAUACUUUGCAUAAUUUUUGCGAUGAUCUUAUUGAAUAUGUGGUUACCUUUAGUUCUCCAAA